UUUAUGAUACAAGACAAAACAUUUAAACUUAGAAAUUUGGAUUUUAUAUAAGUAAAAAUGGGACGGAUUACGUUUUUGAUUAGUUUGUGCCUUUGUACUGUAUCCGUUGUUCAAGCCUCUACAUCAUCUAUUGAGCCAUCACCGACCAUGGCACCAUCGGCGUCACAAAUGUGGUCCGCAACACCAUGUGAUUCAUCAAUGAUGUACGGUCAAAUGCCGGAAACAAUGAGUUACUCAAUGGGCGACCACUCAAUGAGUUACUCCCCAAUAAGCGAUUCGAUGAUGAGUUAUUCUAUGAUGAGUUAUGCGAUGAUGAGUUAUUCGAUGAUGAGUUAUUCGAUGAUGAGUUACGCUUCGGACGGUACAUAUUAUGCUAUCGACAGCAUGGGAAAUACGAUAUGCUACGUUGCCCCGAUGUCACAUUCAGAAAUGUCGUCGAAAUCACCACUAAUGUCGUCUGGAGCCCCACCGCCACCAAUGUCGUCUGGAGCCCCACCGCCACCAAUGUCGUCUGGAGCCCCACCACCAAUGUCGUCUGGAGCCCCACCACCACCAAUGUCGUCAGGAACCCCACCGCCACCAAUUUCGUCUGGAGCUCCACCACCACCAAUGUCGUCUGGAGCCCCACCACCACCAAUGUCGUCUGGAGCUCCACCACCACCAAUGUCGUCUGGAGCCCCACCACCACAUAUGUCAUCUGGAGCUCCACCACCACAUAUGUCAUCUGGAGCUCCACCACCACAUAUGUCAUCUGGAGCUCCACCACCACCAAUGUCGUCUGGAGAUCCACCACCAAUGUCGUCUGGAGCCCCACAACCACCAAUGUCGUCUGGAGCUCCACCACCCCUACAAUCAUCAGGAACACCACCAAUGUCGUCAGGAACUCCACCACGUCCGAUGUCUUCAGGAGCACCACAUAUGUCGUCGUCUGUUGCUCCACCACCACAAUCUACCGUGGCACCUGUUUCAGAUGGAUGUGCCUCUGGUGAAACUAAGAAUCGGUGUGGAUUUUGUACUGGUGGAUCAUCAGGUAAAGCAGCUAACCAUGGUGUUGAUGAUUGUAAUGGAAUGUGUACAAAUGCUGCCAAUUAUAGAAAUGCUACUGACUGUGCUGGUACCUGUAAUGGAACGGCAUAUAUGGAUACUAGCUGUUCAGAUGAAUGCAUUGGUGGUAGCACUGGUAAGCCAAGCAACUACUCUAGAGAUUGCAGUAAUACAUGUGACGGUACUUUUGUUUUGGAUACUUGUAACUACUGUAGAGCACCAUACAGUGGAUUAUAUGGCAGUGAAUUCAAAGACUGUAAUGGAGAUUGUGUCACUCCAGCUCAAGUAAGUUCAAUGGCUGUAGUGAACGAUUGUGGUAUAUGUACAGCAGGACAGACAAACAAACCUAGUUCAGCUGGUAAAGAUGCAUGUGGUGUGUGUUCAGGUGACAACUCAACUUGUAGUGAUUGUGAAAAUGUUCCCAACGGAGGAAAAGUUAUUGAUGCUUGUAAUGUUUGUGGUGGUGAUGGUUCUACCUGUUUAGUGGUUUCCAUGGCGAUGCCAGAUCAUAUACCAUCAGCAAGCGAAUCAACUCUGAAUGUAGCCGGUGGAGGUUUAGACAAAGCAAACUUAGAAUGUUAUGUAAAAACCUCGACUGGUCCCGAAGUUCCUGUUUCAAUAACAGAAAAAGUCAAUGCUCAAAAUAUAACAGUUACAGUACCAUCCACUAUAACUGCAGGGCAAUACAAGCUAUUCUGUCGGAUUGCUGGCAGUACAGCACCGGAUUCUAAUGUGACAAUUGUUGUCUAUGACUCCACGGCAGUUGCACUAACAUCCAUUUCCCCAACCGAGUUUACGAAAGGAAUGACAAAUGAAACCGAAGUUUUAACUUUAACUGGAACAGGUUUUAGCGAAGGCAACACAUUCUGUAUGAUUUCUGGUCCUUCAAUGAAUUAUAUUGUCGAUGCUACAGUAGCAAGUGCCACAUCUGCUACAUGUUCAGUCAACCAUCCAGCAGAAUCACAAGCUUUACAAGUCUCACUCAGUUUGAAUAAAGUGGUUAAAAUCGGUAGUCCCGUAACAGUCAAAGCACAGGCGUCUCCACCUACUGCUAAAGCUAAAUUCACAGACACCGCCGAUGCAGUAUUUCUGGUAUUUUGCAAACCAGUAGAUAUGUCUAAUCGUGAUGCAUGUUCUGAUAUUUUUGAUAAUGCAACAGUAACAGCAUUGGGUGCCGAUGCAGUAUGUUCAUUCGUUUCUGGUACCACACUGUUCAUAAGAGGAUCUUCACUUAGUGUCGGUGAUAACGUCGUUCCUAAAGCAAAUGCCAUCAAAGAAGCAGGACAGGCGGAAGCCAUCGCAAUGACAGGAAAUAUACCGGUCCUUACAGCCGACAACCCGUUAUCCCCAACUGUAACUAUUAUUGGACCAUCGGUAGUAGGAGGGUGUAUAGCCGACAUUGUAUUAGAUGCUGGAAGUAGUACGGGUAGAUCACUGACAUAUUCGUGGAGUGUUAAUCCCACUACUACUCUUACAGGUGGGGAAACUAGUAAGGUAACCUUGGCCUCGGCAGUUGCCGGUACGACAUAUACAUUUAGUUUAACCGUGACAAACUUUCUAUCGCAAACUACUACAGUUACACAUGUUGUACAGAAAACUGCUGUAAAUACACCAGAACUCGUCGUCACAUCAUCGGUUGGACCUACAGUUCGGGUAUCAGAAAGUUUUGAUCUGAUAGCUGACACUAAGUUAGUGGCUGGUUGUGUAGACGAUACGUUAUUGUAUACUUGGUCUUUGAGUGAUGAUUUAAUAGUAGACAACACCAAGAAAUCUUAUCAAAGAUAUACAGUCGAUGCUAACACAUUACCAGCUGGAAGAACCCUUACUGCCACUGUUGUUGUUGCACUGGCUACUUCUCCAUCAACAACCACAGAAGGAACUUAUGUUUUUACUACAGAAUACUCUGACUUAGUCGCACAAAUUACAGGUGGCACUGAGCAAGUAAUCGGUGUUAACAGUGGAUCUGUCACGCUUGAUGCUAGUGGCUCUAUGGAUCCAAACAAUGUCGGUGAUAUGAGAUAUUCCUGGCAAUGUUUUGACGUCACUGCCUCAGUCACUAAUGCUGGUGCAUGUACACUCGCUGAUGGCAGUAACCUUCCAGCAACCACCACAGAUACAUUGACCUUCAAUGCUAACCAACUUAUAGCGAACAGACGGUUCAAGUUUACUGCCGAAAUUGUAUCUGGUUCCCGAGUAUCAAGGGCCAGUGUUUAUAUCAAUGCCGUGGCUGGAAAUCCACCCAAGUUAUCAAUAAAUGCAUUGCCAAAUGGUGGAUAUUUUAGACAAGCAGAUACUGUUCCACUACAAGUUACGAUAGAAAUGCCAAAUGCUCAAGCUUCUAUUAAAGAAGUAAUAUGGAUGUCAGAACAGGGCAAUGGUGAAGCUGUUAUAGAUUUAUCUGUACGGUCUAAUUUAAAUAUCGACAAAACAGUGGUUAAUCUUGGUAAUAACUUUUACGUAGCCGCUAUCUCUAUCAAGGGAGGAGUAUUAGAGAAAGGACAGAAAUAUCGUGUUAAAGUUAAAGUUAUAGAUAAUUCUGAUAAUGAAAUAUACAGUAGUAUAGAAUUCCAAACAUAUCUCGGUGUGGGAUCGUGUAUUGUCCCAACAGUCUCCAAUUAUCCUGCACUUUCUGAAAUUACUGUAUCAGUGGUAGGUUGUGUAACAGAUGACGCAGGUGGGGCAUUAACGUACACUCUAUACGCACACAAAGACACUACUGGUACACUUCUUAGAUUAGGAGAAGAUUCAGUGUCAAAUACAGCGGUCAUUCCAUUUGCUCCAAAGGCCUAUCUCCCAUCUAACACCAAUCAGUUUUCAAUAAAGGUAUGUGCUAGGAAAGGUGGGUGUAUGAUGGCAACAUCUACAGCGGUAACAGUGACAGCGUUGACGGCAACACAGAUAACAGCCAAGAAAACCACUGUUAUUAAUAAAAUCCAAGAACUAACAAAAACCUCAAACCCCCUGGAAGGUGCUGUUGUGCUUUCAAUCUAUAUGACAUCGUCAACAGCAAGUACAAGACGAAAACGAGACGUUGCGACAACAGAUCUUCAUACACUUAUGUUGGAUCUUGUCGGUAACACUCUCGCCAACACCACUAAAACUGAAUCAACGGUUAACACACUACUUGAUGUUAUGUCCAUAUUAAAAUAUACAGAAAUGAGUGAAGCCGAUCUGAACCGAGUGGUCUCCUACUAUCAAGAAAUUCUAACCUAUCUAGAAGCCAACAGUCUACAGUUUAAUAAAGACCGAGUAGUCUCCUUGAUCGUUUUUGUUAGAGAUAUCAAAACCAGAUUUAUCAUAUCCUCAUUCGAUGAAGCCAUUAGGAAUACUAUAAUCAAGUCAUUUACGUAUGGUGACUUUGACAGCUAUGUUGUACCUGCGUCUCAUACGAUGAAAAUCAGUGAAGAAUUCCCCAGUGCCAACUAUACUACAGGCCCAGCCUCAAACCCAGUUGCUGUGAAUUUUGGGACAACUAUCCUUGAACAAUAUGAUAGUUGGACGUGUGGGUCCAAUACUUGUAGUGGUGUUGCUAUCCUGUCCAAUCAUUAUGAGACAAACAAAGAUCCCUAUUCUACGUUAACAUCAGACAAAAAUGAAAGGUCAUCUGACAUUAUAGAUGUAAUCCUUGUAGACCCACUUACUGGAGCUGUUCUACCAGCUGUUACCAGUUUAGCAGUACCUGUCAGAUUUGUUUUCCCCCUGACUAAACCUAAGUCUGGUAAAAGCUAUAUGUGUAAAUACUGGGACACUGGAAGUAGUUCCUGGAAGACAGAUGGUAUGGUUACUACUGGUAUGGACAGUUCAACAGUGACUUGUACCUCAAACCAUUUAACUAGUUUCGCAGCCUUCGAAACAGCGAGUAUUGACGAAUCAAGUAAUCUUGGUGCCAUUAUUGGUGGAACCAUUGCUGCCAUCGUCAUCGUUGUUAUCAUUGUGAUUAUUAUUGUUGUCGUUAUCAAAAAGAAAAAGGAAAAUAAAAUCAAUUCAACAGAAAAUUUAAGAGCAGCAGAGCAUGGUGGUAAUUAAACAGAGCAUGGUGAGGGAGAUAUGUAUCAGGUGUGUUGUCCGUCCAUUUUAAUGUCCUCUAAUAUUAUUUUUUAUUUGGAAAUCUAGUUUAUAAAAUAAGUGAAAUAGUAAUGGAUUGUUUUAAAUACAUGGGUAUAUAUUUAUAUAUUAAAAUUCUGUUUUGGGUUCUCUCGAAUCCAUAAUUCUUUGAAAGACAUCUGCUGGUUUAUGGAAACAUUUAUACCACUAUUUAACAAAUAGUUACAUUUUUGAUGACACAAUAUAUACCGUAUAAUGCACAAUUUUUCUAACAUUCUUAUAAAUUUCAUGAUUGUAUAUUUAAAGUGAAAUGUACAGUUACUACGGUACAUAAUGUUUAAAUAUUUGAACUGUGAUAAAUUAAUGUAUUAUCAAUACCCAUAUUUAAGUUUGACUUCAAUUUGUGUAUAUUUGUGUAUACAAUAUAUUUUAAUAUUAAUGAUCUAUUAGAGUUUGCAUCUUCAAGACUUCAGAAAAUUUAUACAAUUGAAAAUCCGUUAUUUCUGCAGGGUAUAAAUUACUAGGGUGUAAAUUCGUUUUCUAAUUACUGCUGAAAAUAACCAAUUUUAAGAAAAUCAAAAUAUAUUUAUUUUUGUGAUUACAUUUUGUGUACUUGUAUAUAGUUGCUUAUAUUUUAUGUGUUUAUAAUGAAAGAAUCUCAUGCAAAGCAGAACCGACAAGACAAACCUGUGGACAAGAAAAACUACACAGACAUUGCAAGAAAUAACAUUAAACACUGAAUCAAGUUAUUGGCUCUGGUUUCUGGUCAUAUUCCCAUUAUUUUUACCCUUUUUCGACCCAGUUGAAUGGAUUUGUACCAAAAAAAAGACAUUGACAAAAUACAGCGGUCCAUCAAGCAUUAAUUCCAUUGACAGAGAAUAAUUUAUUAUAAACCAAUGAUAUUGAAAAUUAACGAUAGUCACAGUAACUAUAGGGAGAAUUUGUAAACCUUAUAGACACAUUUUUAAAGGUCGUCAGAUUUUCAAUUUAUUAUCUGCCUCAUGUGACGAAUCACACGUAUAUUUAUAACAUAUUGAAUGUUGCAUAGGCUAAUUCAAAGUUUUAUCUUAUCCGUCCAAAUAGGAGAAAUAUAUAUUUUAAAGCAUACUUCUAUUCCUUUAUUAAUUAUAUUUUUGCAUUAAUACCUAAUUUGAUUAUGAUUGUUUCACACACAAUGUGAAAUGAGUUUUUUAGAAUAAAAAGAGCGAGAAGAUUUAAGGGGUGGUGGGAUUAUAGAUUUACGAUGGUUUGAUCAUAUUACCAGAACAAAUGAAUGAUAUUGUAAUAGCAAAAUAUUUUGUUAAAUCUGGAGCCUUAAGAAUGUGAGUUUUUUUUAAGAAUGAAGAGCGAGAAGAGUUAAGGGGUGGUGCAAGUAUAGAUUUACGAUGGUUUGAUAAUAUUACUAGAACAAAUGAAGGCAGGGCCUUGAAGAGAUUUAUUCCCAGUCAUUCUAGAAAUCGUUUCUAGAAGCUAAAAAUUAUUGGAUUUCAUUUUUAUCUGACUUAAAUUUCGAUUAUUUCGCUCGUUAAUUAUAAUGUAAUUUAGCGUAAAAUGGAGUUAAUCUGUAGUUCAAAAAUAAUUUGGUUAGGUUUGAUAUAUUGACAUCAAUUAAGUUUCUUUAAGCCAUUUCAUUAUUGUUUGAAAGGUUCUGGCUCCAGUAAAUUGAGAAUAUAUUUUACUAUUUCAUGCAAUAUAAAGGUGAUGAAAUAAAGGUGGUAACUCUUGUUAUGAAGCCCUCUUAUUUAUGACUGUAUAUAAAAUAUAUAUAUGUAUUACCUGAUUGGGUGGAAAUUUGAAAACCUCGUAAACUUUUAACGAAGAAUAAGAAAUGAGAAGUGAUAAAACUGACUGUGGAUAACUCAAACCUAGUCCGUCUGAUUUUGGAGUGUUUGAAAUAAUGCCAUAUAAAAAAAUCCUGGUUCUCAGAUAAUCCCGCAUAACCCGUUUUUAUAAACAGUCAUUAAUUACCGCGUGUAAAUGUUAUACCCGGUUACAGCGAGUAGCUCUAAACAAAUAUUUGAAUGAAGCCUGAAAUGUGACAUAGGCUCGUAUAUCAAGUACACAACCCUGAUAAAUGACAAUCAUAAAUGAUACUGGAUAAUGUAACAACACUAUUAUAGUGAUAACAGAGAUCAGUUUCGGUUUCUUCCUCUCUUCCUCCCGUCUCUCCGUCUUCCGGUCUCGUCCUCGUCUUCUAACUACUGUCAGCAAACGUAUGGUUGUAUACAUUUCAACAAUAGGGAAAGUUGAUACAAACGUCUUAUAAGGUACUGGACGUACACACUCAAGGUCAUUAUCAUAAAUGGAGUUUACAAGUGAUCAUAUGAAUUCGCUGACUGGUAUAUGUGUACAUAGGUCAUAUCUACAGUGUCAAUUCAUAUGGGAUUAAUUAAGUCUUUAAUUACAACACAGCGCGUAAAUGUUUAGAACAAGGUGUGUAGUUGAAUUGAAAAGCCAAUAUCAUAUAUUAUCAAAACCAGCUGGGGGUCAAUAAGUUCACUGCAUCUCAAUAAUAGUUUUUAUUUUAUAAGAUAGAAAGUUUUAUGAAAGUUAUUGAGCACUAGCUUUGUCACAAUAAUCACACAUUCCCGUUUAAACAAUGCGAUGAGAUACAUGUAGUGCCUUGAGCUGAAAAGUAAUAUUAUGAGAAGUCAUUUAACCCAGUAGUGAUCCUUUGGCAAAAUGAAAACACAAAAAUAAAAACCACCCUUCUGCAUCAGAUUUUUUUUGGGGGUAAGGAUUGUCUAAGAGCCAGAAUAUUUUUUUGUAUGGCCUAAAUGUAAUCAUUUUAUGAAAUCUGAAGAAUUGUUUUUAUUUGCUUUAUUCAUGAAUAUUCUAUACCUGUCUAUUUUCUUAGUUUCAAAGUAUUUCAGGGUGUUUAUUUGCUAACUUGUAAAAAGUCUUGAUCUUUGAUAGGUUUUUUUUUAGUAUGUAUACACGUUGUCAUGGUCGACCAAGAAACUUAUUAUGGUGUACUCAAAUUUGAAAACGAUAAAAUAUUUUAAACUUGACACAUGUUGUGUUGAGGAUUGGUAAAUUAAUAUCUGUAGGAAAAGAGUUUAUUGAAACGUAGUCGUGAUUCAUGAGUUAUAAUGAGUUUCUUGGCCUCCCAGACAUUUUAAUUUAAAUUCGACAAAAUCAAAAUCAUUGAUUUAUGAUGAUGCUAUAUUUACUAUAUUAUAUUUAUAUGCACUGGUUAAAAAUAAAGUUUAAAAAAACCCAA